CCCUCUUUUACUCGACCCCCUCUUCCCCACUUCCCCGCGAGAGUUUUUAGGCGCUUGGCUGCAACCAAACCCCCAAAAGAAAACCCUAGCCAACCAACCAUGGCGGCGCCGAAGGAGUCCGUGCAGUGCUUCGGCAGGAAGAAAACAGCAGUCGCAGUCACCCACUGCAAGCGCGGUCGCGGCCUUAUCAAGAUCAACGGCUGCCCAAUCGAGCUAGUUGAGCCUGAAAUCCUCCGAUUCAAGGCCUAUGAACCAAUCCUUCUCCUAGGACGACAACGUUUUGCUGGAGUGGACAUGAGGAUCCGUGUCAAGGGUGGAGGACACACGUCUCAGAUCUAUGCGAUCAGGCAGAGCAUAGCGAAGGCACUUGUGGCGUUUUAUCAGAAGUAUGUGGAUGAGCAGAGCAAGAAGGAGAUAAAGGACAUUUUGGUGAGGUAUGAUAGGACUUUGCUUGUUGCUGAUCCUAGAAGGUGCGAGACUAAGAAGUUUGGUGGACGUGGUGCCAGAGCCAGGUUCCAGAAAUCUUACCGUUGAGCAAACAAGACAGCAGGAGAGGUUUUAUGUUUUGAUUUUGUUGGACGAACCGUUUUGAUUUGGUUAUGCCAUGCUUAUGGAUUUUGCUUCUAAGUUUGUUGGAUUUUAGGCAAGGCAUAUUAUGAUUAUUAGUAUUACUGCUAUGGAUUUUCUUAUGUCGUAUGAAUUUAUAAAGUUUCAUCGAACUGCAA